AUGGCCAUGGAUCUGGUUGACAAGCGAGUCGACGUCCUGGCCAAGAUGCCCGAGGAUGUCGACAAAAUCGGCGGCAAGCCCCGGAUCCUGCCGGUCGUAACGCUGCAGGACGGCUUGGAAGACUGCGACGAGGAUCUCGCCAUCGACGCCGAGGUCGAGAGACGCCUCGUCCGCAAGAUCGACCGACACAUUCUCCCGUGGAUCUGCGUGGCCUACCUCUGCAACUACCUUGACCGCGCCAACCUGGGCAACGCCAAAACGCUCAGCAACGACGUCCCGGGCGCGUCGCUCUCGUCGCGCAUCGACCUCGGCGGCACGCGCUACUCGACGCUGGUCGCCCUCUUCUUUGUCCCCUACGCGCUCAUGGAGGCACCGUCCAACUUCUUCCUCAAGCGCUUCACGCCGUCGAAAUGGAUCGCGAGGAUCAUGGUGAGCUGGGGCAUCGUCACGGCGUGCCAGGCGGCCGUGGUCAACUACGCCGGCCUGGUGGCGUGCCGCCUGAUGCUCGGCCUCGCCGAGGCCGGAUUCUACCCGGGGUGCAUCUUCUACCUCACCUUCUGGUACCGGCCCGAGGAGCGUGGACAGCGCAUGGCCAUCUUUGCCGCCUCAGUCGCCGUGUCCGGUGCGUUCAGCGGACUCCUCGCCACCGCCAUCUCCUUCCUCAACGGCAAGGGCAGCCUGUUUGCGUGGCAAUGGCUCUUCAUCCUGGAGGCGAUUCCAGCCGUUGUCGUUGGCGUCCUCGCCUUUUUCUGGAUGCCCGACUACCCGUCCACGGCGCGCUUCCUGACGCCAGAAGAGCGCCGGAUCGCCGAGGCCAGGCUGGGUCGGCAUGCGCCCAAGGGCUCCGAUCGCACCGUCGACUGGCGCGUGCUGCGGGCGACGGUGGUCGACGUCGACUUCUGGCUGUUUGCCGUGGCCUACUUCUGCAUGACCAAUUCGCUCAACGCCGUUGGGUUUUUCCUGCCCAGCCUCGUUGCUAGCCUGGGAUUCUCUGGCUGGCGCGGGCAGGCCAUGACGGUGCCUCCCAACGUGUUUGGCGCCAUCAUCAUCCUCGUCAACGCCGUCUGGUCCGACCGGCGCAAGGAGCGCUGCGUCCACGCCCUCGGCGGCCUCGUCGUUGUCGGCGUCGGCUACAUCCUCUUGGCGUCGACCUCGUCCGUCGCCCCUCGCUUGGUUGGUGUCUUUUUCAUUUCGGCCACCAAUGCCGCCGUCAUCCCCUUUCUUGCCUUCCGGCUGUCGACCAUUAGCGGCAGCACCGCCACGGCUAUCGCCUCGGGCGCCACCAUCGCCUUUGCCAACAUCGGCGGCAUCACGGCGCCCUACCUGUUCAAGGCCGACGAGGCGCCCUUUUACCCGACGGCCAACUACGCCAUCUUUGCCAUGCAGGUGCUCGCCGCCCUCAUCAUCCUCGUCCUGUGGUACCGCCUCGGCAGCUCGGCGCUGUACCGGGUCAAAGGCUGUCGUGCAGAGGAGGGCGGCGGCAGGGGUGGCGACAGCGACGGCAAUGGAAUGUCAGGAAAAGGGACCGGUCAGCUAGCACCAUAA